AUGUCACAACACUUUGAUCAUAGAAGAUUCCAGGCUGCUGAUUAUGAUGAUCAGUUGUUUGAUGACUUGGAUGAUGACACAAUGCAAAUGGACCCAAUGAAUGAUGCCACCAAACAAGUUGUACAUCAAGACUUCUUCAACUCAUUCCAAGACGAUAUUGAUGAGGAUGACUUGUUCUCACCAGAUCAAUAG